CCCCGCCCAGGCGUUCCUAACGGUUGCAAGGUGCAGACACAGCGGAAGAUGGCGGAAGGGUUGUGCAGAGGAAGAGGACGGGGCCGGGGGGCUUUGGCGCUCAAUAUGGCGAAUUGGAAGCCAUUCGGAGAGCCCAGCGAUCUACAGAACAAUAAUAUUAUUGGUUUUGUUGCGCCCAAGACUACAAAAUUAACAGGUAAAUCCUGCCAAGAGGAGGAGGAUGAUGAUGAAUUUGUGGACCUGGCAGCCACAUCUCUUCUAAAUAAGCUGAUCCAUAAAUCUUUGGUGGAGUCGGCUCAAUGCGUAGAGGUCUUACAGAGGGAUCCCACCUCGCCUUUAUAUUCAGUGAAGUCGUUUGAGGAACUUCGCCUAAAGCCUGAACUGCUUAAAGGAGUGUAUGAAAUGGGAUUCAACAGGCCAUCGAAGAUACAGGAAACAGCUUUGCCUAUGAUGCUUGCAUAUCCCCCACAGAAUUUAAUUGCCCAGAGCCAGUCGGGCACUGGAAAGACGGCUGCUUUUGUCCUCGCCAUACUCAGCAGAGUAGACCCUCUGAAAAAAUAUCCACAGUGCAUCUGUCUCAGCCCUACCUUUGAGCUGGCUUUGCAGACAGGAGAGGUGAUCGAACAGAUGGGGACGUUUUGUGAAGACAUUCAAAUAGUCUAUGCCCUACGUGGAAACAGACCUGUCAGAGGCACCAAGAUAGAAGCACAGAUAAUUGUCGGGACCCCGGGAACUGUCAUGGAUUGGUGCUUGAAGCUGAAGCUUGUGAACCCCGAGAACAUUAGUGUGUUUGUAUUGGAUGAAGCGGAUGUCAUGAUUGGCGUUCAGGGUUAUUCCGACCAUAGUAUGCGUGUGAAGAGAGUAAUGCCACAGACGUGUCAAAUGCUCCUGUUUUCUGCCACCUUUGAGGACACGGUGUGGGGUUUUGCUGAGAGGCUUGUGCCUAAUCCUAACAUCAUAAAGCUUAAGAAAGAAGAAAUGACCCUGGACAACAUUCUGCAAUUUUACGAUGCCUGUGAGGACAAAGAAGCAAAGUACAAUGCGCUGAGAAACAUUUAUGGCGUAUUCACCAUUGCGCAAGCCAUCGUGUUUUGCAGGACCCGCCGGACAGCUAAAUGGCUUUCCUGUGAAAUGGUGAAGGAUGGGCACAAGGUAGUAUUGCUAAGUGGAGAACUUUCAGUGACAGAGCGAGCCUGUGCUAUACAGUACUUCCGCGAGGGCAAAGUCAAGGUCUUGAUCACCACAAAUGUCUGCGCUCGAGGAAUAGAUGUGGAACAGGUGUCAAUCGUCAUCAAUUUUCACCUGCCAGUGAACAUGGAUGGUCAGGUUGACUUUGAGACCUACCUGCACCGUAUUGGCCGCACUGGAAGAUUUGGAAAGAAGGGCAUCGCCAUUACACUAAUUGAGAAACAUUACUUCGACAUGCUGCGUGACAUAGAAGACUAUUUUCAUACAAGUAUUAAGAGGCUGGACACCGGGGAUGUUUUUCAACUUGAGACGUUUUUGCCGGCCGGAUUCUGAGCUCAUAAGAACAAAGUAUUCAAGUAGAAAACCUUUGCACUUAAGUUUGUACAGAAGGAUAUUGGUUAGAUCCAUCUUCAUACCGAUUGAUACAAAUCGAUUUCUGCACCUACCAGCCAUAAAGAUGCCCAGUUCUGCACCAGGAAAGAUA